CUUCAGCAGAGACACGAAAAUUGCCGGUAAAGUGUGCGAAUAAACAAAUAGCGAAUAUAAUUAUUUGUGUACCAGAAAAACCCAAAGAGAAGAAAUAAAAAAGUGCAAGCAAACGGAAAGGUGUUUUUCCAGUGAAAAGUGUGAAACGCAAACAAACUUUGUAAUUGAUGAAUUAAUAAAUUAGAAGCCAAGGCAUAAGGCGGACUAUUUUUUAAUGGAAGCCUCCAGAGCCGCAAUAAUAAUAACAAGCCCGGGGGAAGCAGGAAAAGCAGCAGCAGCAGCAGCCUCGACAUCAUCAUGAUCGCCACCAUGUUGUCAACGUAAUGAAAACGAGACCCAAAAGCUUGUUGUGCCAUUGCUGAGCGGAAAAACCAACCGAAAAAGAAAAAAUAUUAUAAAAUUGGGAACAUAAAAUGAAGUCUGUUAUCCUAUAUCCAUAUGGACCGCUAACCGGCGGCACACGUUGCUGUCGCAUGUUGCAUGCCAAAAAUUUGGCCAUAACAAGUGCAAUUUACACAAUUAAUAUAUCGCUUUUAAUCGUCCUGAUAUACUCUUGGCGCAUCAAUGUCAAUAUGCACAAGUCGGCCGACCUGCAGGAUGUCUACUACGGUGUACAAAUAGCGUAUUUUGCCAUAAUCGGCACACAAAUGUCCAUGAUAUUGCUGAGCAUUGUGUUAAUAUUUGGAAUUUGUCGGGAGAACCCCGGUUUAAUUGUACCCUGGAUAAUUGGCUAUAUAACAUUUAUGGCCCUGGAAGCUGUCGCCAUGGUUUACUCUAAUGUUUUGCGAGAUCAUGUUAAUAAGCAAUUUGAUGCCAUGUGCAAGGCAGAGGUGGCUUUCUUUAUCGCAAGAGCUUUAAUAAUGUAAGUGCUAGCCAUGUGGGGAGUCCUCCGCUUCUACAAUUUGGUACGUUCCGGCAUUACAUGGCGCGGCCCAGAGGCCAAAACCGCCAUUUUUGCGCCCAUGUACAAGAGUGUUAGUGGCCACAAGCCGCACACAUACACCUACAGCAAGAGGUCAAGGCGUCGUCAUAGCAUCGAUUCCACUUCCGGCGGAUGCUGCGCCAUCUUCGACUUUGACUUUGAGUACGAUGAUGAUAACGAUGAUGAUGACGACGAUGAGGCUGCCUUCGGCGAUGGUUUGGACACGGAGGACGAAGUGGGUUACGAUUAUGAUGACUACUAUGAUUAUUACGAUGAUGACGAGCUGACGGAGCAGCAGCAGCUGGGAGCGCAGCAGGAUGAUGCUGAUUGCAGCAUGUUGGGAGCGCCAAAGACGAGGUCCCGGCCAAAGCCCCGAUCGGCGGUGGUCAAGGUCAAGGGUCAGCGUGGUAGUGGUCGCAGUGGCCGUCAUAAUAACAAUAUCCGGAGCGUGCUGAUCAAUAAGCGUCACAAUAAAUACAAAAUCGCAAGGCCCCAGACCCAAUUGGAGGUUAUCAAUGAGUCGGAGAGGAGUGCGGGGAGUGGCAGCGAUGAGAACGAUUCACUUUUGGUGGCCUAUGACAGCAGUUCGUCGCUAGCGUCGGUUUGA